AUGGCAAGUCUAGAUUUUACUCCAGUUCACGAAGAUGAUGAAGUUUAUUCCAUCACAGGUAAAGCUUUGAAGUUAACAACCGCAGAAAAUAUUAAACCGUAUAUUGACGACCUAUUGAAACUAAAAAAAGUUACAAAGAUUGAUUUCUCAGGUAAUACAAUUGGUAUAGAAGCAUCUAAAAGUUUAGCUGAUGCAAUCUCUCAUCACAGCUCAAUCUAUGAAAAUGUUAUUGAAGUUAAUUUCGCUGAUUUAUAUACAUCAAGAUUAGUAGACGAAGUUGUGGAAAGUUUAAAAUAUUUAUUAUCAACUUCUGGUGGUCUAUUGAAAUGUUCUAAGCUAGAAAUUCUUAACUUGUCAGAUAAUGCACUUGGUUUAAGAACUAUCGAUAUCUUGGAAAAAUUUAUUGCCAAUGCCAUUCAAUUAAAACAUUUGAUUUUAAGUAAUAACGGGAUGGGCCCAUUUGCUGGUGAAAGAAUUGGGAAAGCCUUGUAUACUUUAGCUCAAAACAAAAAGAAACAAAAUAAACCAAUGUUAGAAACCUUUAUUUGUGGUAGAAACAGAUUGGAAAAUGGCUCUGCCGUUUAUUUAGCAUUAGGUUUGAAAAGCCAUGGAGAUGGUUUACGUUGCGUUAAAUUAUAUCAAAAUGGUAUUAGACCAAGGGGUAUUGCCACCUUAUUAAAGUAUGGUUUAAAAUAUAAUUCUAAAUUAGAAAUUUUAGAUCUUCAAGACAACACUUUUACCUCAACUGCAUCUUUAAUUCUCGCUGAAACUUUACCUGUCUGGAAACAUUCUUUAAGGGAAUUGAAUGUUAAUGAUUGUUUGUUGAAAACACCCGGGUGUGAUGCUGUUUUGAAAGUUUUCUCUCAAGUCGAGUUUGUCAAUUUGGCCAAAUUGAAAUUACAGUACAAUGAAAUGGCCCAUGAAACCUUAGUUAAUGAGUUGAUACCUGCAUUGAAAAAUAAAAAAUUACCUAGUUUGAACCUGUUAGAAUUAAAUGGUAAUAGAUUAUUGGAGGAUAGUGAUGAUUUGGAUGAGUUGGCUAAUGUAUUUGGUGGUGAAAUAGAUGAUUUAGAUGAUUUGGAAGAACUUGAUAGUGAAGAUGAAGAUGAAGAAGAUGCAGAUGAAGAUAAUGAGGAAGAAUUGGAAGAUAUAGACACUAAUGAAUUAGAAAAGGCAUUAGAUGAGAACGAGAUUAGUAAAUUAACUGAAGCAUUAGAAGAUGUCCAUAUUUAA